CUAAAAUGGCGGAAAAAAUAGAACUGAAAUGCUAAGCCAGUGAACGGAAUAAAACAGAACAGAACCACUGAAACAACAAUACUAGAAAUCGUUUGAUAGAACCAUUCAAUACUACGUAGACAAAAUUUCGGUAUAAGUAAAAUUUGGGCUUUUUGGCGUUUCAUAUUCGACAGUAUAUACAAUGUCGAUGACGGAUCUGUUUGGUAGUGAUGAAGGCAGCGAUGUUGAGGAAAGUGAUGAUGAAAAUAUUACAAAUAUGAAAGAAGUCGGGAGAGAAAAUGGUCAUUCGGAACAGUCUAGUGAUGAACAGUCUGGAGAAGAGUUAGAUAAUAAGGAGGAGGACGACGAUGAUGAUGAGGAUGAUGAUGAAGAUGAUGAUGAUGAAAAUGAUGAAAAUGAAGAGGGGGAAUCAAACCCACAGGUGGUAGAAGAUGAAGAAUCUGAAGAUGAGAAGAGUGAAAUGGAAGAUGAACAGGAUGAAAAGGUUGACAACAAAAAUGAUUCUGAAAAUGAGAGAAGCUCUGAAGAAGAGGAAGCUAAACCAAGUGAAAAAGUGGGACAACUAAGUGAUGAAGAUGAAAAGCCCACUGGUAAUAAUCAGAAUGUUUCCUCAAUGGACUUGUUUGGCGAAGAUGUCUCUUCUGAGGAUGAUGAAGAUGAGGUUGAAAAGGAACAGGACACAACAACACAAGAUGAAGAAAUUACAGCUGAUAGUUUUCAGCAGCAAGAUGCCGGUUCUGAUGAAGAACAAGAUGAUGAACAACCUGAAGAAACUCAGAUCGAUGUUGAAAUUCCCUAUUGCAAAUUUAGCUUGGGCUCAGAAAUGGAUUUUGUGAAAUUACCUAACUUUUUGAGUGUUGAGACAAAACCCUUUGAUCUAGCAACUUAUGAGGAUGAAUUUGAGGAGGAUGAAGUUAUGGAUGAUGAGGGAAGAUCCAGACUUAAACUAAGAGUUGAGAAUACAAUUCGAUGGCGUAAUGCUAAAGAUGAUGAAGGCAACGCUAUUAAAGAAAGUAAUGCACGAGUUGUUAGAUGGAGCGAUGGCACAAUGUCUCUUCUUCUUGGAGCUGAAGUUUUUGAUAUUCACAAGACGAAAAUUGAUGGAGAGCACAAUCAUUUGUUCGUUCAACAGGGUACAGGUCUCCAGGCACAGGCAAUCUUCCGUGAAAAGUUAACAUUUAGACCCCAUUCUACCAACAGUCAAACCCAUCGUAAAAUGACGUUGUCUAUAGCAGAUCGUGUUUCAAAGGCUGGAAAAAUUAAGAUUCUUCCUGUUGUUGGCAAAGAUCCAGAAUCACAGAAGGGCGAGCUUAUUAAGAAAGAGGAAGAAAAGUUACGCGCUCAAUUGCGACGGGAGAAUCAGCAGCGACGCAUGCGUGAACGAAGCAAUGCACGUGGUCUAACCGCGAGUUACUUAGAGCCAGAUCGUUAUGAUGAUGACGAGGAAGCGCUGGAACAGAGUCUUUUGGCAAUGAAAAAACAUUACAAGAAGGGAUUAGCCAAAAGUCGUCUUGGCGAUGUCUACUCGGACCAAGAAAGCGAGGAAGAGGGCAUUUCUGGGGGACUGGAAAGUGAUGACGACAGUGCUGAGAAUUCUGCAGACAAGACUACAGGGAUAUCUGAAACUGAUUCUACGAGACAACGUAGACACAGCUUUGAGGAACCAGUGAAAAAGAAACGAAUAAAGGUAAUUGCCGAAAGUGACGAAGAUGAAAGUGACUAGCCUAAUUGUGAAUGGGAGCAGAGACUGGCGUUACAUUAAGAAAUUGUAAACAACAUGCAUCAUCAUCGCUCCACAUAAAAGAAAAUUAAAGCAAAAAGGUCCGGAAUAAUGUAACAGCUGCGAUAGCAAGUUUAUUUAGGUUUGAACAUCACUUCUUUAUGAUAAAAAAGGAAUAUUAAGCUUUUAAUGAGAAGGCUAAAUUCACGAAGGUUCGUCCAGAGACCAGAGCUAGGACCACCAAAUAAUUGCUGGCGAAUAGUUGUUAUAUAUUAUAGUAUAAUUUUAGUAUAAAUUUCGAGGUGACUA